GAGAGGGAGACAGAGAGAGGGAGACAGAGAGAAGGAGACAGAGAGAAGGAGACAGAGAGGGCGACAGACAGAGAGAGGGCGACAGACAGAGAGAGGGCGACAGAGAGAGGGAGACAGAGAGAGGGAGACAGAGAGAGGGCGACAGACAGCGAGAGGGCGACAGAGAGAGGGGGACAGACAGAGGGAGACAGAAAGAGGGCGUCAGAGAGAGGGCGACAGAGACAGAGAGAGGGAGACAGAGAGAAGGAGACAGAGAGAGGGCGACAGAGAGAGGGCGACAGAGAGAAGGAGACAGAGAGGGCGACAGACAGAGAGAGGGCGACAGACAGAGAGAGGGCGACAGAGAGAGGGCGACAGAGAGAGGGAGACAGAGAGAGGGAGACAGAGAGAGGGAGACAGAGAGAGGGCGACAGACAGCGAGAGGGCGACAGAGAGAGGGGGACAGACAGAGGGAGACAGAGAGAGGGCGUCAGAGAGAGGGCGACAGAGACAGAGAGAGGGAGACAGAGAGAGGGAGACAGAGAGAGGGCGACAGAGACAGAGAGAGGGAGACAGAGAGAAGGAGACAGAGAGAGGGAGACAGAGAGAGAGACAGAGAGAAGGAGACAGAGAGAGGGAGACAGAGAGAGGGAGACAGCGAGAGGGAGACAGAGAGAGAGGGAGACAGAGAGAGGGAGACAGAGAGAAGGAGACAGAGAGAGGGCGACAGAGAGAGGGCGACAGAGAGAAGGAGACAGAGAGGGCGACAGACAGAGAGAGGGCGACAGACAGAGAGAGGGCGACAGAGAGAGGGCGACAGAGAGAGGGAGACAGAGAGAGGGAGACAGAGAGAGGGAGACAGAGAGAGGGCGACAGACAGCGAGAGGGCGACAGAGAGAGGGGGACAGACAGAGGGAGACAGAGAGAGGGCGUCAGAGAGAGGGCGACAGAGACAGAGAGAGGGAGACAGAGAGAAGGAGACAGAGAGAGGGCGAGAGAGAGAGGGCGACAGAGAGAAGGAGACAGAGAGAGGGCGUCAAAGAGAGGGCGACAGAGAGAAGGAGACAGAGAGAGGGCGUCAGAGAGAGGGCGACAGAGACAGAGAGAGGGAGACAGAGAGAGGGCGACAGAGACAGAGAGAGGGAGACAGAGAGAAGGAGACAGAGAGAGGGAGACAGAGAGAGAGACAGAGAGAAGGAGACAGAGAGAGGGAGACAGAGAGAGGGAGACAGCGAGAGGGAGACAGAGAGAGAGGGAGACAGAGAGAGGGAGACAGAGAGAGGGCGACAGAGACAGAGAGAGGGAGACAGAGAGAGGGCGACAGAGACAGAGAGAGGGAGACAGAGAGAAGGAGACAGAGAGAGGGAGACAGAGAGAGAGACAGAGAGAAGGAGACAGAGAGAGGGAGACAGAGAGAGGGAGACAGAGAGAGGGAGACAGAGAGAGAGGGAGACAGAGAGAGGGAGACAGAGAGAGGGAGACUGAGAGAGGGAGACAGAGAGAGGGAGACAGAGAGAAGGAGACAGAGAGGGCGACAGACAGAGAGAGGGCGACAGACAGAGAGAGGGCGACAGAGAGAGGGCGACAGA